AAAUAUUUUUUCUCACCAAGUUUGAAGUCUAAGUAUUGAGAAUUGCGGCUAAGUCUAUACCAAUUUCCGCGGUGUCGCGUUACACAGGCAUAACAAUGACACUCUUGAUACCUGAAGGAUGGAUGACAGACUGAAGGUCUCACGGUUUUGGGAAGAAAAUUUUUCUAUUAUUCAACAAACUAAAGAUGUUCAGUGUCCAACACCCGAGGAGGUUUAUUCCGACUUUAUUCUACAAACAGGGCUAACACAUAUUGAUUUGGACAAUUUUAAGGUUAUAACGUGCAGUCUUGGCAGAGGAAUACGCUUAAAUAAGAAACGUCGGAAAAACCAGAAACGAUUCUACAAUGUCGCUCCAAAGCGCAAAAAACUACGACCAGAAGAACAUGACUUUGAUUCCAAUGAACCGCAAGAGGGAGAAAGCGUUACUAGACAUGAGAACGAAUUGUUAGACAAUUAUCUAGAACAUCAAGGGUCGAUGCAAAUUAACGCAAUGACAGUUUCAGCCUUGCGAGAGAAACAAAAUGCACCAUCGAGCAGAAAACAAAUGUUUGAGAUUCUAAGGUGUAAAGGCCUUUAUAAGAAGUUUCCUAUGAGUAAGUUUGAAAAGUUCAUCUCAUGGCUCAAAUCGCCAUCUGGCGGCCAACUCGCAUGCACAGAUGAAAUAGCAAGUGAAGUUAGCAGAUUCCUAUAUUUUUCUUUUCCACCAAGCUGA